GCGUUGUGAUAAUGGAUGGCAUAGUAUCGAAUAAGGACCAGUAUUAUGAAAGCCAACCACGUACCUUGUACGUAGGAAACCUUGAUCCAUCGGUCACAGAAGAGUUGAUUCUAGCUUUGUUUGGACAGAUUGGACCUGUUAAAGGCUGUAAAAUAAUUUAUGAGACUGGAAAUGAUCGGUACUGUUUCGUGGAGUUUACAGAUCACCAGGCGGCAGCAGCGGCGCUCCUAGCGAUGAAUAAAAGGCAUUGUUUAGGAAGGGAAAUGAAGGUCAACUGGGCGACUUCACCCGGCAAUACACCAAAGCAAGACACAAGUAAACAUUACCAUAUAUUUGUGGGCGACUUAAGUCCGGAGAUAGAAACAACGCAACUUAGAGAAGCCUUCUUGCCGUUUGGAGAAAUUUCAGAUUGUCGUGUGGUUAGAGAUCCUCAAACACUGAAGUCAAAAGGUUACGGGUUUGUGUCAUUUGUGAAGAAAGCGGAUGCAGAAAAUGCAAUAACUCAGAUGAAUGGGCAAUGGCUGGGGACAAGAGCUAUCAGGACAAACUGGGCUACCCGAAAACCUGCUAAUAACAGGCCAAAUGAGGGUAGGCAUUAUCUUGCCGCAAACUCUAAGCCUCUCACCUUUGAUGAAGUUUACAACCAGUCCAGCCCCAACAACUGUACAGUGUAUUGUGGAGGCAUCAACCAAGGACUUUCUGAUGAACUUGUGCACAAAACAUUUAUAACCUAUGGACCAAUCCAGGAAAUACGAGUGUUCAAGGACAAAGGUUAUGCAUUCAUUAGGUUUGCUACAAAAGAAGCAGCAACACAUGCUAUAGUUGGCACACACAACUGUGAAAUCAAUGGGCAGAGUGUGAAAUGCUCUUGGGGGAAGGAAACAGGAGACCCAACUAAUCAACAACAGACACAGAACCUGACAACACCUUACACCUACCCAUAUCAACAGAUGAGCUACUGGUACCCUCAAGGCUACCCUCCAGUGCAGGGACAGUUUGUGCAGGGAAUGAAUUACCCAUAUGGCCAAUACUAUGGGCAAGGAUUUGGUUUAGGAAUGCAGAUGGCUUGGCAGGGAAUUCCAGGACAACCUCAGAUGGCUGCAGCAGCUGCUCAGGGUCCCAUGGGACAGGGCCUUCACCAGCCCAAUGUUAUUGGUGCCUACCCUAUGCAACAGUACCAGGCACAGUAAGAGAGAGAGAGAGGUGCCUCUUCUUGUCUUGCUCACAAUGUGAGGACUAACGAAUGUUGGGGAGAGGUGUCUAGAUGUCUAGUCUCCAGUCCUCAUCUGAAACAAGAAAGUCCUUGGUCAUCUAUACACCUCUCUUUCUUACACCAUGAGUAGAAACAACUAGAAGUCUUCUCAUUAAAUAUGAAAAACAUAAAAAACAAAUCAAGUUUUAAGUGAUGCUAGACAAUAGGUGCCCUGCCUUAAUAUCUACUACUAUUGUUUCUGUUUAUUUGUUUUCUCACAUGUGAAUUAAGCACAUGAUUGUAAACUGAAAAGUUACUGACAGUGUUAAGAGUUGCUGGCAUUCCAAUCAGUUUGUCCUUUAGACUUUAUGUUUUUGAGACUGUGAAAAUAAAAUACUGUUCAUUAUUGUAAGGUAGUUGCUGUACUCAGUAACCAUUGUUUUGUAUUGCUUCAAAGGCUACCACUUCUGAAAGAUAUACAAAUAUUUUUGGAAAAAAGAAGUUAUGUUGACUUGGUUUGAUGGUGCCCUCCCUGCCAUUAAAAAAGAGAAGCUUCAUAUUUU